UCGAUCUGUCAAAGCGCAUAAUGCGCUAGGGUGUUAUUUGUGAUCUUUUUCAAUUUUGACUAUUUAACAAACUCGUAAAUAAAUUAUUUUUUACAACUAGACUAAUUUAGUUGCACCCAAAAGACUGACACCAUGCCUGUGAGAAGAGCAGUACACGCUGGAAGCUGGUAUACCGAUUCUGGUUUCCAUAAUUUUUUAGGGGGUGAAUUGUCGAGGCAACUUGAAUAUUGGUUAAAUCAAGCAGAUUUAACGCAUGGCCCUGCUAGGGCCAUUAUUGCCCCUCACGCCGGUUAUCAGUAUUGCGGGGCUUGUGGGGGACAUGCCUACAGACAAAUAAGUCCCGUGGUUGUUCGCCGAAUAUUUGUGCUUGGUCCUUCUCAUCAUGUCCGAUUGUCAGGUUGUGCCUUGUCUAGUGCACAAAAAUAUAAAACCCCUUUAUAUGACUUACACAUAGAUACAUCAGUUAAUAAUGAGCUUGAAAAAACAGGUCAGUUUGAAUGGAUGGACUUAGAUAUUGAUGAAAAUGAACAUAGCAUAGAAAUGCACCUUCCUUACAUUGCUAAAGUGAUGGAAAAUUAUAAAAAUCAAUUUACAAUCGUUCCUAUUCUUGUUGGUUCUCUAAGUCCAGAUAGAGAGGCAUAUUAUGGGAGAAUUUUAGCCCCAUAUUUGGCCGACCCCAAAAAUCUUUUUGUUAUAUCCUCUGAUUUUUGUCAUUGGGGGCACAGAUUCCGAUAUACGUACUAUGAUCGCUCCUAUGGGAACAUAUAUCAGUCAAUUGAAGGAUUAGAUCGGGUUGGUAUGAAUAUAAUUGAAAAUUUGAACCCAACUGAAUUCACAAAUUAUUUAAAAAAAUAUGGUAAUACAAUUUGUGGAAGACAUCCAAUAGGAAUACUACUUCAGGCAAUACAAGAGCUUCUCAGGAACCACAGUAGUCAAAAUGCUAGUUUAAAAUUUUUAAAAUAUGCACAAUCGAGCCAAUGUCGUAAUAUGAAUGAUUCAUCGGUGAGUUAUGCAUCAGCUGCUUUAGUGAUUGAUUAGUAUCAAAGGGGCCUUACUAUUAUUAAUUUUUAUGUUAUUUUUAAAUAUUGUGGUGACUUAUGAUAAUUGAUUUUCUCAUUAUGUUUUCAUUCUUUAAGUGCAAUUAUUUUUUAGUUUUUUUUGCAUUUAUUGCUUGUUAGCUAUUAGGUUAAGAAAUAGAAAACAUUUUUAAAGAAAAUUAGCAGAUCUCUUUACUCUUUACCAUUAUUUAAUGCAGGGUUCACACGAGUUUUAUUCAACAAUUGUUUAAGAAUUCCUUUUAUUCUAUGAUUUAUUAUUAUUUAAUGUUAAAUAUACAGGGUUAACAAACUGUUGAUAUUAUUACCAUUUUAUUAUUGAAGCUACGAAGUCAGUUAAAUUAGUUUCGGUUAGUUUAGAGAAACAACAAACAAUUUGAUGGCACAGCAGAUAAAAGUGAAAUAGGCUCUUCCAUUUUUAAAAACUUUUUUUUAAAAUCAUUAUUUAAUUGACGAAACUACUUUAACCGGCGGUAAAAAUACUUCACUAAUUUAAUUGAUCUUAGCAAUAGUCGCAACUUGAGAUUGUUCACCUUGUAUACCCACUUACUUGCCGACAAUUUUGGUUUAUAUCAAAAGUUGUUCAUUAUGGAAAUUGUUGUACAAUUUAGCACCAAAGUGAAACUUACUUAAGGUUGCAAAAAGACAUACUGAUUUUCCCAUCACAUAUAUUUGACCUAAUAAUAUUUUUUUGUUGCAAGCAGAAUCAGCUAAAAAUAUCUGAAUGAUGUUUGUCAAGAACCUUAGAUAUUUUUUAUAUUCUGAAUAAACAUUAAAGUUAGGGUUCGGCAUAUAUAUAUUUUUUAAUGUAUUCCAACUGCAGCAUAAGGUAUAUUUUUGAAUUAUCCUAGAAUCAUCAAUAAUUACUAUGUUCUUCAUUCUUUAAUUUUUUAGUGAAGUUAGUAAGUAGUCAUAAAACAGCGUUGUGAAUUUUGAUUUGUUUAUAUUAAAUAAACAUGAAUCUAAACAGAGACUGUGAACUGUUCAGCGAAGUAUGUAGUUUAUUGGGGGCUAAUUCAUAUCAUAUUGAAUUAAAUUCUAAAGGGACAUUAUUUGCAUUGAUUUAUAGAUUUCUGCCGGAGUGAUAUAUGUAUUUACUGAUUAAAAAUCGCAAUACUAACACUCAAAAUCAUACAAUAAAUGUGCGCUUUAAUAUGAUUUUGGGUUUCUGACUAAUUUGAGGGUAAAAAGUCAUUGAAUAAAUACAAUACUUAAAAAUGGAUUAAUUCAUUCAGUAAUAAAAGUGAUUGUAAUUGUUAAUCAAUUAAUUUACGUUUUUGCCCUUUUCAUCAAUUUGUAAAAGAUACAUUCAAGAGACUUGUAAUUGAAUAUUAUCGUCAACUGAAUGUAGCUUCACUUGUUUGCUGUCUAAAUUACCUAGUUUUAGACCAUGGGAAAACUCAACUUUGAAUAAUAAUAAUAUUGAUUGAUACUACCUACUUUUUGAUAAUAA